CGAUCAGUCUGGGAGGGCAGGAAAGUAGGUUGAAGUUGAAGCGUUGUUGGGAAAUGUAGUUCCAGGAGGGCGAGAAGCGGAAGGAGAUGCAAUUCCGGCAAUUAACAGGCAUCCUGGACAAAUAGUGUUUUUUCUCAGAUGAUGGAUAAAUUUGUUGUAAGAACACCCAGAACUAAAGGAGAACCAACAAAGAGCAAUCCUGGAAAAAAGAUUUAUAAACAAGCUACAAUAGAAUCUCUGAAGAGAGUUGUAGUUGUAGAAGAUCUAAAAAGAUGGAAAUCUGUACUAGAGCUUUCAAUUCAACCUAAGGAGAACCUAAUUGAGGCCUUGAUGGAGUUAAGGAAGAAAAUACCUUCCAAGGAAAUUUUACUUUCAACGAAAAUAGGUCAUACAGUGAAUAAGAUGCGGAAACACCCGGACCAGGAUGUGGCCACUCUUGCGAAAGAGGUUUACACUGAGUGGAGAAGCUUUAUUAAAAACCAGUCAAAUAGACCUUUAAUUGAAGUCAGGUGUAAUCCCAGAACAGAGAGCCUGAGGCAGAAUGCCCGGAAGCUACUAGCAGAAGCUCUAGAAGUUGAGAUUGGUCACCUGCUGGCAGAAAAUAUUGAGCAAGAAGCUUUUUAUCUCUCUUCCCAUCUUGUUAACAUGUCCUAUCGCAGGACCGUGCGAGCACUGGUGUUCUCUUUGAAGCACAAUCCUGAAACUCGCGCACAAGUGCAAAAUGGGGUUUUGCCAGUUAAGAUGCUUGUCCAAAGCUACAAAAAGUGAUAUAUAUGGAGAUUAUGGAGGUUGUAAAAUGACAUAAGUAUUCCAAAACAUGGGAUUUCUUUUUGGUGGACUAAGCAUGUUUUGGAUCAAUCAUAAUGUGGAAACAUGUAUAUUUAAGAAACUUUGUUGCUGGCCCAAUCAUCAUUUGAAGCAAAUGGUGGUGUGCAAGAUUGGGUAAGGGCAUUCUUCUAUCUUAUAACAAUCUAGAAAGAAAUCUAUUUUAGGCAGUAGAGUCUACAACUUUUGUAGAAUGCCAGAAACUUAUAAGAACUGAAAUAAAAUGUGCAAAAUGAAAA